AUGGCAACACCUUCUUCUCCUGUGAGAGAGGUUGCAGUGGUCGGUGGCACAGGUGAGUACUUUCCUCGAACCGGGCUUCUUCGCUUUCCCCAGCGCCAACCGUGGCUCAUUUUCCUAGGCACCUUGGGCAGUUCAGUCGCGAUAUCAUUGGCGAAAAAUCCUGCUUUUGGCGUUCGAGCGCUCUCCAGAGACGCGCAGGGACCGAAGGCACAGUCUCUCUGGGAUUGCGGCAUCACCGUCGAAACCGCCAACAACUGGGACUCACAAGCCCUCGAAGCCGCUUUCCACGGCUGUUGGGCUGUCUUCAUCAACAUCGACUCCGACAAUCCCGACUAUCAAUGGAAAACUGGCGCAAAGCCCACGGAGUUCGACAUGACCAAGAAUGUCAUGGACAGUGCGAUUCGAGCGGGAGUAAAGCACAUUAUCUUUGCUUCACUCCCUCCUGCUUCCAAUCUGACCCAGGGAAAGAUGCCCAUGGUGUCAUUUGACGACAAAGCCAGAGCAGCCGACUACAUGAUGGAAUGUGCCAAAAUGGGGCAGCUUGAAACCGCCACGGUGGUCAAUCCAGGGUGGUUCCUGGAGAACGCCUACGACGACAAAUACGUCGCUGCGUUUGGAGGGUUUGCGAAGUUAGUUGACGGCGACGGAUACCUGACUUUCAAAACACCGCGAAUGGGCAACGAUCCAGAGUCGGUCCCUUGGCUUGCUGUGGCGGACGACUAUGGCGACAUUGUUCACGGAAUACUGCUCGAAUGCGAGCGGUGGAACGGCGAAUACAUCGAUGCGGUCUCUGAGUCCACCAGUUUCGCGGAUAUGGCAGCGGCGCAUCAGAAAGCUACCGGAAGACUUUCACGCUUUAUCGCUAUCGAAAAAGGGGCCUUGGAGGCUGAAGACGCCUCCAAAACGGAAGAGGUGAAUGGCCUAUACGACCUCAUGCAUGAGUUGAAAGGGAAUUUCUUCAAUGGUAGACCGACAGAGCAUGAGAAUGCCAAGGCAUUGAAGGCCAAAGCGUGUGAAGCCACCGGACGAGGGGAUCAGGCAUGCUUGAUGACGGUGGAGGGAUUCUUCCGGAAGUACGGGGAGCCUUUGGACAGUUGA